AAAUAGGGAAUAGGGUAGGGUGGCGACAGCAUCCUUCGUCUGCAUCACGAUGAAAGAGGGAGACGUCGACUAUGUUGCUUUCCUUACCGACAACAAGCUACUUGGUCGCACGUACACCAGCUGCCCACGGCACCGGGCUCUGCUGCUGGUAGCGGGCACCUUGGCGGCACUGGUGUUCGUAUCUCUGGUAGCAGCCCUGGCUCGACCGGUGUCGCGCUGUCCUCCCGUGGCCCGCCCCGAAGGGUCGAUGCCGGGUUGGUCACUCCGGCCAACUCCCCCACCAGCCGAUCCGUGGCCGCACGUGAGGCUGCCCGACUUUGCCCAGCCCGUCCACUAUGCGCUGGUGCUGCACCCCAACCUGACCACUGCCACCAGCUUCGGUUUUGUCAACAUCAGCCUGCAGUUUGUGCGCUCCUCAGACUUUAUAAUAGUACAUGCCAAGAACCUGAGCUUUCUCCAAGUUGGUCUGCACAAUGCCUUGACCGUCCAAGUGAAGGGCUUGCGCUAUGUUCCCCUGCAUGACCAGGUGUACAUACAGUUGAAUGAGUCUGUACCAGCAGGCAACCAGGUUGUACUGCACAUUGCAUUCUCGGGCACGCUGGACCGUGACCUCGUGGGGCUGUACCUGAGCUCGUAUGUGACGGCAGCGAACGAAACUCGGCGCCUGGCAGCCACCCAGUUUGAGCCCACAUCAGCACGGCGUGCCUUUCCCUGCCUGGACGAGCCUGCCUUGAAGGCCAGCUUUGAGCUGGAACUGGUGCACGAGCAGAGCCACCAGGCGUACGCCAACGCACGCCGCCAGAGCCUGCGACCAUUUGGGGGACAGCUGGUUUCGAGCCGCUUCGAGCGCUCACUACGCAUGAGUACCUACCUCGUGGCCUUUGUCAUCUGCGACUAUGAGGCUUUGACCAGCCAGCUGGGUGCAGUGCAGCUGCGAGUACUAGUGCCAAAGGAACAGAGUGCACAGGGGCAUUUUGCUCUCAGCAUGAUGAAGCGGUCGCUGGACUUCUUCAAUGACUUCUUCAGCAUACCAUACCCCAUGAGCAAACUGGACCUGGUUGGUGUGCCUGACUUCGGUCCCGGGGCCAUGGAGAACUGGGGUCUGGUCACGUUCCGCAUGAGCUCACUGCUGUACGACGAGGCAGUGACGCCCGUGCGCAGCCAGGAGCGUGUUGCUUCCACGGUGGUGCACGAGAUUGCCCACCAGUGGUUCGGCAACCUGGUGACCAUGCGCUGGUGGGAUGACCUGUGGCUCAAUGAGGGGCUGGCCACCUUCCUCGAGGUGGUCUGCCUCCAGCAGCUGCAGCCCGAGUGGCGGCUCGCCGAGCUCUUUCCUUAUUCGACCACCCAGCCUGCGCUGGAGCUGGACAGUCUGGACACCAGCCACCCAGUGUCAGCUAGCGUGCGUGACCCAGCCGACAUUGAUGCCCUCUUCGACUCCAUCUCCUACAACAAGGGUGCCGCUGUAGUGGCCAUGCUGGAGGGCUUCCUGGGCCGGCAGCAGCUACGGAAAGGCCUGACCCAGUAUCUGAACAUGUAUCGUUACCACAACGCUGACACUGCAGACCUCUGGGACACCUUCACAAAUGUGACCUCUGGACAGGUGGGAGUUUCACAGGUCAUGGAGACGUGGACACGACAGAAAGGCUUCCCACUUGUGCGACUUUCAGUCGGGAGUGAUGGAUGGCUGCAUGCUACGCAGCGGCGAUUCCAGCUCCUGCCUGCUGACCUGGUCACUGAUGUGGCAAGGUGGCACGUGCCGCUCACUUUUGUCACGGAUGGCGGUCAGCAGCGUCUGGUCUGGAUGAACAGCACUGAUUUGGAUGUGUCCCUCGGUGAGUCAGUGCCAUCCUGGAUCAAGGCCAAUGUGAACCAGACAGGCUUCUAUCGGGUCAACUAUGAUGCGCCGAACUGGGCGGCCUUGAUGGGCCAGCUCCAGCGUGACCACCAGGCACUGUGGCCAGCAGACAGGGCGAGCCUACUCGAUGAUGCCUUCACCCUAGCCAGGGCUGGGGAGCUGAACCUGUCAGUGGCAUUGGAACUGGCAAGCUACCUGAAGAAAGAGCGGGACUUCGGGCCAUGGGCAACAGCUUUGCCCCACUUGCUUGACCUGCAGCGCAUGGGCAGUGACUCUGACUGGCUGCCUGUUCUGCAGGGGCAUCUCUUGUCACUCCUGAGACCUGUUCUGGCUGACUUGGGAUGGGAGGACACAGGCCCGCACCUCGACAGAAAGCUUCGUGCCGAGAUUCUCCAUGCUGCCCUUGAGCUGGAAGAUGAACAGGUGCUGCAGGAGGCCAGCCAUCACUUUGGCCAGUGGAUGUACGAGCAACGGAGCCUGGGAGCCAACUUGAAGGACGUGGUGUACCGAGCGGGUGUGCGCCAGGGGGGUCGGCGUGCCUGGCAGCACUGCUGGCAGCACUACCUGUCUUCCCAGGUGCCCUCGGAGAAGGCCCUGCUGCUCCAAGCUCUGGGGGCAUCGCCCAGCCAAUGGCAGCUGCAGCAAUACCUGCAGUUCUCACUGGAGCCAGACAAGGUACGUGCCCAAGACACACACACGGUCAUUGGCGUCGUGGCCAGCAACCCUGCUGGUCAUUUGCUCACCUGGCACUUCCUCAAGAGCCAUUGGGACGCUAUUUACAGUCUUUUCAAGGAGACAACAUUCUCUCUGGACAGCAUCCUAUCAGCUCUACUGCCAAGGUUUCACACUGAGUAUGACUACCAAGAGGUGAAGCAGUUCUUUGGCCAAGUGGAGUUGCAGUCUGGCCGGCUGGCCCUGGACCAGGCUCUGGAGCGCAUCCGCUCAAACAUCUUCUGGUUUGAGCACGUGGAGCCACAGCUACGACAGUGGCUGCUGCCAAACACCUAGACACUUGCAGCCAGAGCACUACUUGCAUGUCACGAGGGCCAUCAUCUCUAGGACCAUCUCUGCUGUGUGUGCUCUGAAAGAAGUUUUGCACAUAUCUUGUCCUCAUACAGUAAUUGUAAUUCAAUGUCUUGCUUGCCUCUCCUUUGUUGAAAACUAUACGCUCGCUACUUUCCAGUCAAGAAUGCUAUGUUUACGCUGAUGCUGUUUGUGACUUGGAAGUACUGAGCGUUAAAAAACGAAAGGCACACAAGAUAGUCAAUUAUUUUUGGUGACACGAAGAUAAACCUCAAAGUGUGCUAACUUUGCUUGGAGUGUACUUGAAAGCCACAUGCCAAACUGCAAGUGCGCAGGUAUUUGCCGUAUUUCUGCGACGUGUAAUCGCAGGAUGCUGUCCUAUUAGCGGCGAGAACUUGGAGUGGCGCCCUCUUGCGAGUGAUGUCACGGCCAGGAGGCGGCUCGCUCGGCUGCCGUGCGCCUCUUCGUGCAUGCUUCGGUUAUGGGUGGCUCGAGCCGUACGUAUUGAAGGAUAUGUUGGCUUCUUUCUGCUGUCAUGCCUGCACCACAGUUCCUUCUUCAAAAGCGCAUGAGUCGAGAAAAUUCGUGGCUUGGAUAUCGCAAGCUAUGUAGUGUUGAAGGGGUCUACUGGUUUUACAAUGCACCAUGUCUGUCCAUAAAUUUUGCAUAAAAAGAAUGUCUGCAAAUUCAACAAGUGAAGUUGUGUACGAUGCUUCACUAAGCACUUACCAUUCCCUUAGCACUUAGCUAUGAGAGACAUUGCAUUGUACAUGGAAAAAAAAUCUUGAUCAUCGUCAUCAUCAUCAGCCUAUUCAUGUCCACUGCAGGACGAAGGCGUCUCCCUGCGAUCUCCAAUUACCCCUGUUCUGCGCCAACCGAUUCCAAAUAGCACCCGCAAAUUUCCUAAUUUCGUCACUCCAUCUAGUCUUCUGCUGUCCUCUACUGCGCUUCGCUUCGCUUGGUACCUAUUCUGUUACCCUAAUGGUCCAAUGGUUAUCUAGUCUGCGCAUUACAUGACCUGCCCAGUGCCAUUUCUUUCUCUUAAUGUCUAUUAGAAUAUUGUCUAUGGCCGUUUGCUCUCUGAUCCAAACUGCUCUCUUUCUGUCUCUUAAAGUUAUGCCUAGCAUUCUUCGUUCCAUCACUCUUUGUGUGGUCCUUAACUUGUUCUCAAGCUUCUUUGUCAGCCUCCAAGUCUCUGCACCGUAUGUCAGCACCGGUAAAAUGCACUGAUUGUAUACUUUCCUUUUCAAUGAUAACAGUAAGCUCCCAUUCAGGAACUCACCAUGUCUGCUGUAUGCAACCCAACCCAUUUUCAUUCUUCUGUGAAUUUCCUUCUCCUGGUUCCCUGUGAUUAGUUGAGCUAGGUAAACGUACUCCUCCACAGACUCUAGAAGCUGACUUGCGAUCUUGAACUCUUACUCCCUUGCCUAUCUAUCUAUUAUCUUUGUCUUCUGCAUAUUAAUCUUCAGUCGAACUCUUACACUCUCCCUGUUAAGGUCCUAAAUCAUUUGUUGUAACUCGUCUGCAUUGUUGCUGAAUAGAACAAUGUCAUCAGCAAACCGAAGGUUGUUGAGGUAUUCGCCGUCAAUCUUUACUCCUAAGCCUUCCCAAUUUAAUAGCUUGAAUAUUUCUUCUAAGCACGCAGUGAAUAGCAUUGGAGAGAUUGUGUCUCCUUGUCUGACCCCUUUCCUUAUAGGUAUGUUUCUACUUGUGUAGAAUUAAGGUGGCUGUGGAAUCACUGUAGAUAUUUUCUAGGGUAUUUACAUAAGCGGUCUGUACUCCUUGAUUACGCAAUGCCUCUAUGACUGCUGGUAUCUCUACUGAAUCAAAUGCUUUUUCGUUAUCUAAGAAAGCCAUUAGAGAGGUUUAUUGUACUCUGCGGGUUUCUCAAUAACCUGGUUAAUGACAUGGAUGUGAUCCAUUGUAGAGUAACCUUUCCUGAAGCCAGCCUGCUCCCUUGGUUGACUAAAUUUCAGUGUUGUCCUUAUUCUAUUGGAGGUUAUUUUGGUAAAUAUUUUAUAUAAUACUGGGAGUAAGCUAAUGGGCCUAUAACUUUUUAGUUCUUUAACGUCGCCCUUUCUGUAGAUUAGUAUAAUGUUUGCAUUCUUCCAGUUUUCUGGGACCCUUGCAGUCGAUAGACACUUCGUAUAAAGAGCCGCCAGUUUUCCUAGCAUUAUGUCUCCUCCAUCUUUGAUUAAAUCGACUGUUAUUCCAUCCUCUCCUGCCGCUCUUCCUUGUUUCAUGCCUUGCAAGGCCUUUCUGACUUCAUCUCUAGUUAUAGGAGGAGUUUCUGUAUACUGUUCAUUACUGUUUUGAAUAGAGCGCUCCUGAGGCACUAGAAAGGCACUGCCAAGCAAAGCUGUCAUCAUGAUUCUUAUUACUCUAGUGAGUUGUUCUAAUCAACUAUGGCCACUUUAUUAAUGUGUAAAAAAAAGUUAGGCACGCACUUCAUAGGAAAAAGUUUGCUGCUACUUUCACCGCUCUCUGAAACAGGCCCCCGUAAAACAAAUUGCUCAUGGCUGCUAACACGAUGGGGCAUCAUGUAGAGUAUUUACAUAGUUAAUUCACAAAUACCAUAGUAGCAAUCACCUGAAAGAAAAGUUUUGUGGUUAAGAUUGAGAGCCAAUCAAUUGCAAACGAUGAAAUGUCUUCUGAGUGUAGUGCUUUCUUCUUUGUUGAGCUUUGGGUAAGGUGGUGGGUACACCCUGCGUUCCAGCCUGUGAUGUUGAAGGAUCCCUGAGUACGGUCUCUGCCUCCGCUGGCGCAGACCGGGCGUCUCGAGAGUAGGAAGGGUUGGCCCGGCAGGUGUGGCCUCGGGCCGCGGCGUGUGCCGCUUCGUUCCCCUCCAGCCCCUCGUGCCCAGGAACCCAUGUCACGCAGGUGUAGGGGAUCAGAGUACUGCGGUGUUUUAAUAGCUUCAGUGCUUCUGUCGACACGCGACCCUUAGCGUAGUUCCCGACGGCUGCUUGAGAAUCGGAGAAGAUCACAGCUGCGUCCAUUCACGUGGUUGUUGCUAGGGUGAUCGCCGUCUCUUCUGCAAUCUCGGGGUUUUGUGCACGGACUGUGGCAGACGCUAGCUCUCUGCCCUGAGAAUCUACGACGCUCAGGGCGUAAGCGUUUCUUUGCGGGUAUUUGGCUGCGUGUAGUCGAGCGUAUACGAAACCUUUCUGCCGCCUGCAUCAUUGCCCAGGGUAAUUUAAACAAGUUUUUUUUUUUUUCUGAAAAUGAAAUAGAACUGGACAAGUAGCAUAUUUUAUUUCUCUGAUAAUGCUAUACAAGAACUUUCUUACAAGGAUGCCUUUUUUUUUUUCAACGAGUGGUUGAGUACUAUAGUGACACAGAAUUUAACUGAGGAGAGCUCUCGUCAUCGCACAAGUACUUGAAUGUCCUGGGGGAGUCUCUAAUAAUGUCCUGCAUUUACCUCAAUUUCUCAAUUAUUAAUUAAGGCUCUGUUCGUGAUAAUAUUGACGCCAUUAGAGAUUCUCGAGCACUGAUCUGUCACAGUAGCUUGACUUAAUGUUUGCCUUUAGUGUCCCUGUAAAGAAGCAAGUGGUGCUGGUAGGAUCUAAACUGCAGUGUUAAAGGGAAGCUGAAGAGUCUGUCGAAUUCAAUAAGACGCUCAUAUACGGAUGUGGGAACCUUAUAAACCAUGUAGGUAAAAUUUGGGGUUUUUUUUUUCAAUUAGGAGCGACGUAAUCAUCGGUUGAAAUUGCGCUGUAGCUCCGCCCCCCGUCAAAUGCCGCGCGCUGCUGCUGACGCUGACGAUGCGAGCGGAGACCGGAAACCGCGGUGUUGUGACGCUAACUCUAGUGUUUCGUUCUUUCGCAGCGUCCGCGACCGUGCCUGACCGCGCUUGUUUCUGCGUGUGUGCCAUCGUAAUCUGCUUCGAUCGACCCUGCAUUCGUUUGUUGGUGCGUCUGCGUGUAUGCAGAGUGGUAGUCAACGUGCGUGGUAGUCAACGUGCGUGGAAGUCAACGUACGUGGUAGUCAACAGAUGAAAGUUACUACACGUACUGCAUGAACCGGGAAGCUUUUCACACGUUUAAACCGUCUUUGUAGAUUGCCCACAGCUUUGGACAGCGCACAAAUGCUGACGAUCGCAUCCCCGCUUACGUUCCACGAGGAGGCAUGCAGGAACACAACACUACAGUUGUUUGACCGGAAACGAGCUCACUAGAUCGGCAAAAGAUCGGCGAGAUCACUAGAUCGCUUUGCAAAAAACAUACUCACCAAAGAGCAUUUCCAACACGAGGAGUUCCCAAGACUUUGCUUUCGUUCGCGUCGACAGCACUGCUCGCACCAGCAUCGUUUGCUUCUUCGAGAGGCCGGCUCUUCGCAAUCGGCUCGUACAUGUAGGGAGUACUCAGAAAAACGCAGUCUCUCUAAAUUUUCCAUUACCGUCUCAGAAAAACAGCACCAAACUACCUGGCACCGCGCUUCAUGUGUAGCGGCAGCGGUCGGUUACUAGAGUUGACGUCACGAGGCGCCCGACCAAUCACAGGCGGAAAUGAGACGCGCGAGCUGGGCGUGUCCGCUGCUGCACUUUUCGUCGAAAUAAAAUAUAUUUGCGCUUUCUUUCGCUCAAUUUCGAUACGAUAUUCGAAUUCGGUGGGUUGAAAACCAUUAUGUACAGAUGUUCACUCAUUUUUUCUGGAAAACCUUUCAGCUUCCCUUUAAGUCCUCGUAUUACUGCAGAGCGUUUCUGUGCAGAAAUGCAAAAAUUCGAUAUUGUACCAUGAACCACUCGUCAUGAGCAAAACUGUUUUAGCGGAUUAAAAUGAAGGUAACUGUUGUAGUAGUAAUAUAUAGCCAGCGUUUGUGACAGUUGUUGCACCGUAGCAGGUAUGGUAUCAUAACUGGAUUCUCAUAUGCUAAAUUUUUGCGGUUAUCGAUCCGCUCAUGAAAAACCCGCAAUAGGCGGGUCUGCGCUCCUUCGGCUGGCACUGUGGCGUUGCCUUUGAGAACUGUAUUGUCAUCUAAGAAAUAAGCUCCUUCAAUAAAUUUUUGCGAACGAAGAUGUCGUAAAAAUAUAUUUGAGACGACCGCCAUAAGUAUACAAGCCGAGGGACAGAAAGCGAACAAAUGAAAACGCUGCAAAAGGCACCCAGACACCACCCGAACUGCAGCAGACGACAGGCUCGGGUCCGUGCCCUGACGUUAUGCGAGUGGCGCUCGCAGUGCCUUUGUAGUUCGUUCUCUGGGCUAAUAGGAUCUGGUCAGUUUCCUGUGUUUGUGCUACACAGGAAAUGCCAAAAUUCUUUGUUGUUGUACACCAAUAUGUUGUCUUACAGUACUUCAGCAUUUUGCAGUGGUUAGCACAAAAAGAAGAGCAACCUAGCCAUACAAUAUUUCUGAACAUGUUACUUCAGAGCUAACAAUUCGCGUUGCAGUCUUAGACAAUGUGAAAUAUUCUGCAGUUGCACAUUCUUAAAGGUUGCAUUAGAAGUUAAAAGCAUGAAAACUGUACAUGAAACCAAGUUGGAACAUGAUUUUCAACUUAACUUCCUUAUGGAUAAAAAUAGUUAUGUGAUUGGCAUUCAUUGGACGCUUCACAAACUUUCUGGUAUCUGCGCAGGUAUCUAAAUGUUCUUAUUUCAUGUUGACUUUGGUCACUUAUGUGCCGCUCUUCAAUGACACAAAAACAAAAAAAAGUAUCUGGUGCUGGGUGGAAUCAAAACCAUGCCACACACACGCACACACACGCACACUCUCUCUCUUGCCUGAAUAUGUAGAUGCAGUGGGCCAUGUGUGGAUUUGGUGGCACCGUUGCUAGAUGACGCAGUGUGUCUAUUUGAGCAUUGCUUCAUUGCCAAUGGCAUUAACAUCGACACUCAUGGUAAGAUGGGUUCAGCCAGAAUUCUUUUUUAAAUGCAAGAAGUGUUGCAAGAAUGCUAAAAAAUGUUUUCAUGGCAUUAACUGCCUUGAGGUUUUAAGGAAGAACUGAAUGCAGGUAUAUAAUGAUCUCCACUAUAUCACCAGUUGCUUUUUUUUUUUUCAACUUUGAAAACAAUAAUGGCAUCUUGUAGUACAUUUGGUAUUGCAGAAAUCAUUGUGUGUGUGGUAACUGUAUGUAUCACAGGAUUGUGUUAUGUUAGCUAGUUCGUGAAUGAUAUUAACUUAGCUAGCCACUGUAAAGAUUGUGGCUGUGUGCCAGACUUUUGGUGUUGUGUCAUAACAAGGUAUAAGGAGCAAAAAUAAUGUGAUAUAUGGGAACCGCAUGCAAUUUUCAAAAGGGGCAAUGAAUGUGUAAGCAUGCCAUCGCUGAACCUGCACGAACAGUUGUUUCUUUCACCUUCAAGUCAAUAGUGGUCAUAUGCUUAUAUGUGUAUCUUUCGUUGUUUCCCUUUCCUGCUAUGUGUGUGAUUUACUCUGUACAUAUGGAGUUGGCAAAAAAAUAAAGGCAAUGGUCAGCA